UCUCGCAGCCUCCGCCAAUUGUUCGUGGGGCCGACAAGCUGCCACCAGGCGACGAAGACCGCCCAAGGCACUAUAUAUUUUUAUUGGGAAGCCCUGGGGAGCCGCGGGCAGCGCGGAGACGCCAAGAGGAGCGAAGAAAGCGCCAUGAUGGAUGACAUCGAGAAGACCAAACCGGUCGAUGCGGCCCCGGCGGACGACGACGAGACCGGCGCGGGCUGCGACGUCUGCAUGCCGCCCAUCGCGCUGGUCGGCGCCGACGAUUAUGAUUACAAGUACCUGUGCAUGCCGUCGAUGGUCCGCGCGCUGCGUAGAAAUCAAUUGCAACGCGCUACACGCCAUCGACGCGAUGGACUCGAUGGCGUGGGACUCACUGGUUUAUUUUCUCACAGCCGUGGAGCAAGGGCGGCGUCGAGCCGCCGCAGUUCCUCGCCAAGGACGAGAAGCUGCCCCUGACGCUCUCGCUAAUCAUGGGCCUGCAGCACGCGCUGGCUAUGGUUGCGGGUCGGCGACGGCGUCCGUUUCGUCGCUCGCGUACCGCGCUUCACCGGCGGUCGACGCCCGCGCAGGCAUCGCCACGAGCGGCGGCAUGCUCAUCGCGGGCGACGCCUGCUUCGAUUGGCAAAAGGACUCGGAGAUGUGCGAUAGCCGCGAGUACCUCGUGAGCGCCGCCUGGAUCACGUCGGGCAUCCUCACGAUCAUCCAGGUCUUCCGCGCGAAGAUCAUCGGCACGGGCUACUACCUCGGCACGGGCCUCAUCUCCGUCAUGGGCACGUCCUUCACGUUCCUGCCGAUCGCGCGCGAGAUGGUCAUCCGCGCCAUCACGGACGCGCAGGCCGAGGGCAAGUGCGACUGCACGCCGGGCACGGCCGACGACGGCUCCGCGACGUGCGGCUACCCCUUCGACUGCAAGGGCUACGGCAUGGAGGGCUACGGCCGGUUCCUCGGCACGGCCAUGGUCGCGGCCUUCCUGGAGGUGGUCAUUGCGCUCAUGCCGUCAAAGAUGCGCCAGAAGAUGUUCCCGCCGGUGGUGACGGGCGUCGCGGUCAUGCUCAUCGGCGCGUCGCUCAUCGCGGCGGGCAUCAAGUACGUGGGCGGCGGCGUGUUCUGCGCCGAGAACGACCUCGCCAAGUCGGCCGCGCUGCCGUUCGGGCCGCAGCUCUGCAACGAGAACGGCAACGUCAUGUUACCAUUCGGGAGCCCGGAGUACGUCGGCCUCGCGUUCAGUGCCGACGCGGCGUCCUCGAUCGUGUCGAUCGCGUCUCGGGGAGAAGCUUCAGCCUCGCGCCAUCGAGCAAACUUGUCGCGCAGGCGUCAUCUUCAUGAGCGUCUUCCUCCAGUUCUUUGGGAGCCCCUUCCUCAAGUCGACGUUCCUCUUUUGGGGCCUGAUGUUCGGCUGCUUCGUGGCCGGCAUCAGCACGUACGAGGGCAAGGGCUCGGUCUGGGACAAGUACGAGCGCACGUUCAGCUUCUCGAAGCCCGACGACAAGGUCAUCGCGUCCGAGGUGCACAUGAAGCAGGGGCGCCAGUACAAGUACUUCAACGACUACCGCAUCCGCAACGCGCCCUGGUUCACGUUCCUCUGGGCCGAGACGUUUCCGCUGGGCUUCGCGCCGGAGUACUUCCUCCCGAUCCUGAUCGGCUAUUUCGUCUCGACCUGCGUGGAAAUCAAUCAGUGAGUUAGGUUAUCCUGAGAAAUAUUGCGUGGACCUUCGUGAGCCUCCACGCCAUCGAGCCGACGCGGUCGCGGAGAAAACGUCGCGUCGAUGGCGUGGGGCGCCCGAAAUUUGAUUUCCACUCAGGUCUCGACGGCGGAGACGAUCGGCGACGUGACCAUGUCUUGCAAGUACUCGAAGCUCGAGACGGAAGGGCCUGACUUCGAGAGCCGCGUGCAAGGCGGGUUGCUCGCGGACGGCGUCAACUCGUUCCUCGCCUGCCUCUUCACGAGCCCGCCCAAUACCACCUUCUCGCAGAACAACGGCGUCAUCUCGCUCACGCAGUGCGCGUCGCGGUCCGCGGGCUUCUCGUGCGCGUUCUGGCUGAUAUUGUUCGGUGUGUUCGGGAAACUGGGCGCGGCGUUCACGUCGAUCCCCAUCUGCGUGGUCGGGGGCCUCGUGCUCCAGUGUUUCGCGAGCGUGUUCGUCUCGGGGAUGUUCAUCGCUACCAAACACGCGACUCGCCGCAACGCCUUCAUCCUCAUGCUGUCGCUGGCCCUCGGCAUCGGCGUCGCCAUGGAGCCAAAUCUUUUCGAGGGCGGCGGCGUGGCGUCCUUCCACGGGAAGAACCUCCGGCACAACACUGGGUUUUGGCCCCGCUACAAGACGUGCAAGACGUUCCCGGUCGACUCGGAGACGGGCGCGCAGGUGCGCACGUGCACGAACGACAACGGCGCGUGCUGUUCCGAGUACGACAAGGGCGAUGACCUGUGUGGAAAUCAACCAUAAUUCUUCACUAAGUCAUUUCUCGGCGAUGACGUGGCCGCGCUGGUUCCGUCGAGCGGUGAGGAACCGACACCGCCACGCCAUCGAGCAGGCGUCGCGUCGAUGGCGUGGAGAUCGAUGCGGCUAUUCAGGACGAACGCGCCGUAAAUUUGAUUUCCGCACAGGCGAGGAUUCCAAUAGAACGACCGCGAUCAUCCUCCUCAAAACGCCGUACGCCAUCGGCUUCGUACUGUGUGAAAAUCAACCAGUGUGUCGGGUGCAAAAUUUUUCACUAAGUCAUUUCUCGGCGAUGACGCGGCCAUCCUGGCUCGGUCGAGCGGUGAGGAACCGGCAUCGCCACGCCAUC